AUGGAGGUGAAGAACUUUGAAGCUUGGGAUUAUGUUGUGUUUGCAGGCCUCUUUGUCAUUUCCUCUGGAAUUGGUGUGUUUUUUGCCAUAAAGGAGAGAAAAAAAGCAACAUCUCGGGAAUUUUUGGUCGGCGGGAGGCAAAUGAGCUUUGGCCCAGUAGCUUUGUCUCUGACAGCCAGCUUCAUGUCAGCUGUCACUGUCCUGGGGACUCCUGCUGAAGUCUACCGCUUUGGGGCAUCCUUCCUCCUUUUCAUCAUUUCAUACGCAUUUGUGGUCCUCUUCACAUCUGAACUCUUUCUUCCCGUGUUCUAUAGAUCUGGCAUCACAAGCACCUAUGAGUACUUACAGUUACGAUUCAACAAGACAGUUCGCUAUGCAGCAACGGUCAUCUAUAUCGUGCAGACGAUUCUCUACACUGGAGUUGUGGUGUAUGCCCCUGCUCUGGCUCUCAAUCAAGUAACUGGGUUUGAUCUCUGGGGCUCCGUGUUUGCAACAGGAAUUGUUUGCACAUUCUACUGCAGUUUGGGAGGUUUAAAAGCAGUGGUGUGGACAGAUGCAUUUCAGAUGGUUGUCAUGAUUGUGGGCUUCUUAACAGUUCUCAUUCAAGGAUCGAAUCACGCUGGUGGGUUCCACAAUGUGUUAGAGCACGCACGAAAUGGAUCCCGGCUAAACGUAGUUGACUUCGAUAUAGACCCCCUCAGGCGGCACACUUUUUGGACAAUUACAGUAGGAGGAACUUUUACUUGGCUUGGAAUCUAUGGAGUUAACCAAUCGACCAUCCAGAGAUGCAUCUCUUGUAAGACAGAAAAGCAUGCUAAGCUUGCCUUGUACUUUAACUUGUUGGGUCUCUGGAUGAUUGCGGUGUGUGCUGUCUUCUGUGGUUUGAUCAUGUACUCGAACUUCAAAGACUGUGACCCUUGGACAUCUGGUGCUAUUUCAGCGCCAGACCAGUUGAUGCCGUAUUUUGUCAUGGAGAUUUUUGACACUAUGCCAGGGCUGCCAGGACUUUUUGUGGCUUGUGCCUUUAGUGGGACUCUGAGCACAGUGGCUGCCAGCAUCAAUGCCUUAGCAACAGUGACCUUUGAGGAUUUUGUCAAGAGCUGUAUUCCACAUCUCUCCGACAAGAAGAGCACCUGGAUCAGUAAAGGCUUAUGUCUCUUGUUUGGUAUCUUGUGUACCUCCAUGGCUGUGGUUGCAUCCUUCAUGGGGAGUGUUGUGCAGGCUGCCCUCAGCAUCCUUGGCAUGUGUGGGGGACCGAUGCUAGGUUUGUUCACUCUUGGUAUCGUGUUCCCUUUUGUGAACUGGAAGGGUGCACUAGGAGGCCUCAUUGCUGGAAUCACAAUGUCAUUUUGGGUGGCCAUCGGGUCUUUUAUUUACCCUGCACCAGUGUCUAAGACAUUACCCUUACCUCUAUCAAUAGAACAGUGUGUCCAAUCAAAUAUAACAGCAACAGUAGGUCCACAGCUUUCCAGCAGACCUGCCCUUGCUGACACAUGGUACUCACUCUCCUACCUUUACUUUAGUGCUGUGGGCUUUCUGGGAUGUGUAGCUGCUGGACUAAUCAUCAGCUUCCUGACAGGCAAGCAAAGAGGCGAAGAUGUUGAUCCACUUUUAAUAAGACCAGUUUGCAAUCUGUUUUGCUUUUGGUCUAAGAAAUAUAAAACUCUGUGCUGGUGUGGAGUUCAGCAUGAGCAGAAAACAGAGCAGGAUUACCUUGACAGUGGCAGUGCCAGGAAACAGGGGGUUGAAUCUGCCCUACAGAAUGGACUCAAGCAAGAAAGCCUGGCCCAGAUUCCAGGCUACAACCCCAAGGACAAAAGCAACAGUGUGACGGAGAAGACCACUCAUUUCUAAGAAAAUACAUGCAGCUGAUAAUACUCUCUCCACCUUUCUCUUUCUCUCUCUCACACACACCAGCCACACACACACACACACACACCACAUACAGCACACAUAUUCCAUGUCACUUCUUCCUGUUAUAGAAUUGUGUACAGAAUAUUUCAGAAAUAAAGUUAUUCAUUGCCUAUUUAUACUUAUAGAAAUGAUAAGACUGUUUCUCAGGAUGUUCUUUGGAAAGCCCCAAAUUCAGGUGAGAAAAAAUCAGCCCAUGCCAGAAGUGCCUGAUGUCAUAACCAAUUUAGA